AUGAAGAACCCCAACUCUUCUGCCUGCUCACUGAGUCGGGAAUAUGAGGAAAGCUACCUGCAGGAAGGGGACAUCAUGCUUGGUAUCCUCAUAGAUAUAUUUUCUUUAAUUGAUGAUGAUUUGGAAACCUUUACAGCCCAUCCUGAAAAAGAAUAUUAUGUUUUGUCUGUUUCUAGUUCCCCCUUGCAAUAUUAUCGUCACUUUCUUGCUGCCAUUUUUGCCAUUGAGGAAAUCAACAGCAACCUGAACCUUCUGCCUAAUGUGACCUUGGGAUUCCAUAUCCAUGAUUCCUGGGCCAAUGAGAGAAAAGCCACUAGCAGUACAUUUAGUAUGCUGACAGGGAGCAGUGAUUAUGUGCCUAACUACAAGUGCACCCAGAACAGGAUUCCCAGUGCAUUCAUAGGGCACCUACUGUCUUCUGUAUCUAAUGUCAUGUAUCAGAUCACUAGCAUCUAUGGCUUUCCACAGGUUAGUUACGGAGCUGUGGAUCCUGCAUUCAGUGACAGAAUCCGCUUCCCAUUAUUCUAUCGAACAGUGCCAAGUGAAACUGCCCAGUACCAAGUAAUCAUCCAGCUCAUCAAGGCUUUUAAUUGGAACUGGGUAGGGAUGAUAUCCUCUGAUGAUGAGACGCACCAGAAAGCCAGUGAAGAGAUGAAGACUGAGAUCAUUAAUAAUGGGAUCUGUGUAGCUUUCCUUGUACAGAUAAGUGACAUUGAUGCUACAACUGAUUCUACAAGAUUUUACUUUGCUUUGCAAACCAUAAUGCAGUCAAAUGCCAGAGUUGUCAUAAUUUAUAGUAAAUUAAUUAGCUUAAUGGCAUUUCAUAUCAAUCUUUUAUCUGUAUAUUCAUCAACUAAUGUGGUGUGGCUAAUACUAUCUCCUUUGCCAUCAGCUUUAGAGACAGAAUAUAGUAAUGAGUUUAAUGGAUCCCUUCUUAUACUCUUUCAUCAAGGAAACAUUCCAGGUCUAAAAGACUUUCUUUACAAGGCUGAUCCUUCAAGGUUUCCUAAAGACCCAUUUACUGCUGAAGUUUGGUUACAGGUGUUUAAAUGCCGCUCUGGACAAUAUUUUGCUAAAUCCUCAUUGCAUAUAUGUAAUGCCAAUGAUACACUAACGCAAUAUAACACUCAUGGCCAUGAUAUCAGUAGCUUCAGAUUAACAUACAGUAUGUACAUUGCUGUAUAUGCUGCGGCCCAUGCACUUCAUGCCAUGUAUACAACAAAUCUACCGAAGCCAACACAGUUAAACCAGCACCUCAAGAAAAUCCAUUUCAGAACAAACACUGGGGAUGAAAUUUUCUUUAAUGAGAAAGGAGAAGUUCUGGGGCAUUUUGAUAUAAUAAACUGGAACAUUUUCCAUAAUGAAACAGUGACUACAAGACAUGUUGGGACCUUCAAUUCAUCUCAGUCUCCAGGACUCGCCAUUGACAAAGAGGCCAUUCUUUGGGCAUCUCAUUUUAAUGGGAUCCCUUUCUCAAAUUGCAGUGCCAGCUGUCUCCCUGGUUACAGGAAAGCUUUUGUGGAAGGAAAACACGUUUGCUGUUAUGAGUGUGUUCCGUGCUCAGAAGGAGAAAUAUCCCCAUUGCCAGACAUGGAAAAUUGCCUAACAUGUCCUAAAGACCAAUGGCCUAAUGAGAGUAGAGAUAAAUGCAUCAUGAAAGACAUUGACUUCCUUUCUUACAAGGAGCCUCUUGGUGUGGCCCUAACCACCACUGCUCUAGUUCUGUCUUUUUGCUCAGCUGCAGUUUUUUGCAUCUUCUUAAAACACAAGAAGAGCCCUAUUGUGAAAGCCAAUAACCAGGAGCUCAGUUACAUUCUUCUUCUUUCCCUCAUGCUAUCCUUUCUUUGUUCCUUACUAUUUAUUGGGAGGCCCAAAAAGGUCACCUGUUUGUUAAGACAAACUUCGUUUGGGAUUAUCUUUGCUAUUUGUAUUUCUUCCAUCUUGGGGAAAACCAUUACUGUUAUUAUUGCCUUCACUGCCACUAGACCUGGAAGCCGGCUCAGGAACUAUGUUGGUACCCGGGUCCCUAAAUACAUUCUUCUACUAUGUACACUUCCUGAGGUUUUCAUCACCACAGGCAAAUAUUUAGCAGCGGUGGAGAUAUUUGCCAUCCUUGUUUCCAGUGCAGGACUUCUUGGCCUUAUAUUUAUCCCUAAGUGCUACUUUAUCUUGAUUAAGCAACCAGUUAACACUAGACAUGAUUAA